CCCAAGUUCCACACCCCGCGUUGUCUCUUCGUCGUCCUCCACCUCCGGCCAGCUCGUAGUUGUUGUCCCCGUCGACCGUCGUCCCUGGUCCCAGCGUCGUCGUGAGAUGGAUAAGGCGAUUGUUCCAGACAUCGGAGUCGUCGACGACGACCCCAAGCUGCCGCUAUGGGCUUCCGGCGCCGGUUUACGGGUCGAGGUGGUGGAGCGACUCGUUGCUGCCCACCGAGAUCUCCACUCGGUGCUCACGGAGGCUCAGGAGAUGGAGAUCCAGAACCCGGCGCUGGUUCGACACCUCAGGGAAGAAGCCGAGCACAAGGCAUACGGUGCCGAGGAUCUCCUCGGCGCGCUGGAGUACUACCGCAUCCAGGGCGAGGUGGAGCAAGACGAACACAACGACGACCACGACGACGACAACAGUAAGCUUGUGCAUGACAUUGGCGACGGAAACCCGCUUCUCCCGAUACCAGCAACGGACAUACAGUUGUUCCACAAAGCUGACAGAGAAGUUAGUAACACUUGUCAGCUACCGCAUCCUGAAGUAGCUGAGGAAGAUAUCUCACGUGCGAUAGAAAAACAAGUUGUGGAAUGUCACAGAAUAACAAGUAAUGUGCGCAAAGCCCUUGAGCUUGAAGAAGUGAAUGAGAAGUGGCUACAGAUAUACCGGAGAACAUCAUCAUGGACAGAUCCUCGGGAGAUGUCACCUUUCCCCACGGAACACAAAGUUCAUGGGAGGGAUCAAGACCGGAACUGUAUAAUUAGCAAGUUAACAAGCAAGGAAUCGGCUGCACAGAACCUCUCCGUCCUCGCCAUUGUUGGUAAUGGAGGCAUGGGGAAGACAACCCUAGCCAAAGUGGGGUACAACGAUCCAGCAGUGAGGAAGCAUUUUGACAAGGCUCUGUGGCUUCAUGUUUCCGUAUAUUUCAAUGAAGCUAAGAUCACGCGAGAGCUGUUGGAGCUGUUGCGCGGGGAUAGGCACGAAGAUAUCAGCGACAUCAAGGAGCUUCAAAACAUUCUUGGAUAUGAGAUAUAGUCAAAGCGCGUUCUUGUUCUGGAUGACAUGUGGGAGGACAAUAGAAAGGAGAACUGGGAUGUGCUUCUCACACCACUGCGUACCAAUGAUGCCAAGGGAAACAUGGUCAUAAUCACAACAAGAAAAUCAUCUGUAGCAAGAAUGACAGGAGCAAGACACAACAUCAACCUACACGGUUUGAAGGAUGAGGAGUUUUGGCCUUUGUUCAAAGAAUGCGCCUUUGGGGACAAAAACCAUAAAGGGCAUUUGAAACUGCAGGAAAUCGGGCGAAAGAUAGCUGACAAGCUCAAGGGUUAUCCUUUGGCAGCAAAAAGUGUAGGCAAACUAUUGAGCAGGAGGCUGGACGAUGGGUACUGGACUAGAAUUUUGGAUAACAGUGAAUGGAAGGACCAAAAAGGUGAUGAUGAUGUCAUACCAGCGUUGAAGAUCAGUUACAACUAUCUACCAAGGCACCUCCAGAAAUGCUUCUCGUACUGUUCCAUAUUUCCAAAGAAUCAGAGGUACCAUGUACAGUGGCUAGUUAACAUUUGGAUUGCCCAGGGUUUUAUACCUUUGGCCGACCAGCAUACACAAGCAGAGGAGACUGGAAGAAGAUAUCUAGCAGACUUGAUCGAUUGGGGAUUUUUCCUAAGUGAACCUCCAAGACCAUCUUUACUCAUGCAUGAUCUAGUCCAUGAUUUAGCCCAGAUAGUUUCAUCUCAUGAAUCCUUCACCAUAGAAGAGUUGAAGCCUCCAGGUGAUUUGAACUUCAUUCGUCAUGUCACUGUAAUCACCGAGUCAGCAUAUUAUGGGCAAUUCGAUGGCACCGUCCUACCGAAUAAUGAGUACUUCAUGCAAGAAUUCGCCAACACCUUCUGCACACUGCCAAAAAAGGACCUAAGAACAUUGAUGCUGUUUGGUGCACACGACUCGAGUUUUGCCAGAACAUUUCAUCACGAGCUGGGUAAUCAGAUAAGAGCGGUUCGUGUAUUGAACAUGGAAGUGGUAUAUCCGGACCUGAACAUGUUGAUACCCAAUAUCUCGGCGUUUAUCAAUCUCCGGUAUCUCUGGCUACGCUCCUUUUACAGAGGCCUUAAAUUGCAGCUGCCAGAGGCUAUAUGUAAGCUGUACCAGUUACAAGUCCUAGAUAUUAAGGACUUCAAUCCUGAGACAGUUGUGCCGAAAGGCCUGCACAAACUGCGCAACUUGCGACAUUUUUUUGCCAGAGAGCAGCUACACGC